AUGAUCAAAUCCAAAAGAAUAUUUCAAAGUAUCAAAAUCAAUACAUUUCCUCAUGUGUCAAGAAAGAUUUUAUCAUGGUUUCAUUUCAAUGCGUCGAUUCGAUACUUUACCCAGCAAAAUACAAAUGUAGUUGAAGAAUUGAAAAAACGAGACCUGGUUAAUGCGUUGACAAGUCCCGAUAUCAUCAACCAAGUGAAAAAUCGAUCAACGAUCUAUUGUGGCGUAGAUCCUACUGCGCCAAGUCUGCAUCUAGGAAAUUUGUUAACACUAAUUGGACUAUUACAUUUUCAUAUUCAUGGACAUCGUACAAUCACUUUGAUCGGAGGCGCGACCGGAUCAAUAGGCGAUCCAUCUGGUCGCAAGACCGAACGUCAACCUCUAUCAUUCUCAACGAUCGAAAAUAAUUCUGCUGCGAUCGAUAAUCAAAUUCGACAAAUUUUUAUUAACGGUAAAAGUUACGCAUCGCGACGCGGCUUUAAAAUGGGCGAUGAACCGGAUAAUGUGAUUAUCUUGAAUAACUUGGAAUGGUUUCGGAAAAUGUCUGCCCUGGAGCUAUUGAAUGAUAUCGGAAGGUAUGCGCGUGUUGGAACGAUGCUCAUGAGGGACAGUGUGAAAUCAAGAAUGGAGAAUACAGGAGGAAUAAGUUUUACGGAAUUUUCGUAUCAAUUAUUACAAGCAUAUGAUUUUUGGCAUUUAUAUCAUUAUCAUCAAUGUCGAAUUCAACUAGGAGGAAGUGAUCAAUGGGGAAAUAUUACGGCAGGAAUUGACUUGAUUCACAAAAAGAGACCGGAUUUAGCUUCAAACGAUUAUACUACCGCCUUUGGCAUUACUAUACCUUUGUUAUUAACAUCAACCGGAGAAAAAUUUGGUAAAUCCGCAGGAAAUGCCAUUUGGUUGGAUGACAAAAUGACUAGUGCAUAUGAAUUUUAUCAGUAUUUUAUGAAAGUGGCUGAUGCUGAUGUUGCAAAGUAUCUUCGCAUGUUUACUAUAUUGAGUGUAGAAGAGAUCGAUGAAAUUGCGAAAAUUCAUAUGGAAUCUCCGGAGAAACAUCACGGUCAAGAAAAAUUAGCUUCUGAGAUAACAGAACUUGUGCAUGGAGUUGCCGGACUCCAAAGAGCACAAUUGGCUACCAAAGUAUUGUUUGGAGGACCGUUGGAAAAUAUACGAGGACAUGAAUUAAUUGAAGCUUUCUUACAUGAUUCACAAAGACUAACAUCAGUUUAUCGUAAUGAAAUUUUAAAUUGCACCAUUGAUCGUGUCGUUGUUACGACAGGUAUAUGUAAAUCAAGAAAUGAGGCGAACAAACUGAUAAAAGUUGGUGGACUUUAUUUAAAUAAUCAGAGGAUCAAUGAACCUCAUCGUAAAGUUAUUGAGAACGAUUUAUUAGAUGGAAUGGUUUGUGUGUUAAGAACGGGUAAAAGUAAUUAUCAUUUAAUAAGGAUUAUUGAAUGA